GUCGUUGCAUAUCACUUCUGCUGCUGCUGCGCCAUCAUCUCGUCGACGUCGGGACGUACACGGUGUUCUAGUGAGAAAAAUCUGUUUGGAGGGGCACUGCGAGCGGGAAUCUCGGAAUCAGCCCUAACCUUAUUCUAGGUCAUCGGAGUUUGAAUCUUGCCAGUACCCAAAACGCCGGGUAAAUGACUCUUUUGCUUUCCACCUUCACCCACGAUAUUCCUCCCCCUCGUCCGUUCCUCGUCCGAGUGUUCAUGCAGAUUUGGAUUCUCUGAAGCCUUCAGAGAGGUUUCUAUUGCUGACUUUCCUCUGCCAGCUUUACAUUUAGAACCAUUUCUUUGCACGAACAAAAUUUAUGGUUUCACCGCCAAUUUGACGCUAAAUUUCAAGAAAUUGCGACAAAAAGCGGCGAGACUCUCGGAUUGACGUUGGAGGAGGGCCCUUUGACUCAACAAUACCAGGUGGUAAGUGGACUUUGGUCCUCGUGUGCGUAGAAGGUCCCGGCACAGUCGACGGGCAAAGGGCAAAGAAAAUUGGCCCCGCGGCUGUGCAUUGUGUCAUCCUAUUUGGGAUGUCAAAGCCGUUUCUGCUUAUAUACCACUCCGUUGAUUCUUCGGGUCUUGCUCAAUGCUCUCCCAUUCUUUUCUUCAGUUACUACCUUUCCUAAAGGUCAUUCAUUAUGAUCACCCUUAGUCCUGGCUCGCUCUGCGACGUCUGCGCAGAGGAAUACGGUCCUCACAACUACCCACAUUGUAUUCCAUGUGGACAUGUACUAUGCAGGAGCUGUUGCAACUCCAUCCUUCAAAAAUCAGCACCGAAACUGACCCCUUCCUGUCCUUUCUGUCGCGAACACUUUACUAGCGACACCGUUCGUUUGAUUAGAAUUGAUUUUAGCCCCAGCAGUAGUGGUUGGUCGACCCCUAAGCAGUGCGGUGUGGCCGUUUCAGCCCACGGCAUUGUCGAUGACACUGGCGACGACGAUGAUCCUUUGUCUGCGAGUCUGCACAAGCGUGCUGAGGUGAAGCGACUUGAGCAGAAAGUCGCUCGUGUUGCUGCGAAGAAGUGUUCGGUUGAAGAAGUCGCCGCCCUCCAUAGGGAGCUGCAGGAUUGGCUCUCGACUCAAGGGAGGUAUAGCGACAAGGCCACUUCUAUUCAUCUUAGCGCUGCUCUUCUUCGCGCCAUUCUCAUGAAUCAUAACGCGCAUUUCGAGGCUACGAAGAAUGCUCGUGAGAUUGAGGGCCAUCUCAAGGGUGAGAUCGAGGAAUUGCGUGCGACGACUGACAAGCUAGACACUGAAAUACGCAGCUUGCGUUCGCAGUACUCUCAUACUGUGCAAGAGAACCAUUCUUUGCGUUCAGAGCUGAGUCGCUACAAGGUGAGACCUGUGGCAUACGGCGGAAAUGUCCAGAGUUCGGCUGCUCAAUAUGCUCUCAUGUCUCAGACAGGGAACAAUAGCCCUGUUUCCCCUCCACGGCCAUCCACGACCAUGCCCUCCAUCUCUCCGACUCCGUCGACAACUAGGGCUACUUCGCCAACCUCACCCUCGUAUAAGACGCCUAUGCUGCACUCGCCUCUUGCUUCUAGGAUCACCUCCCUUGCUUCUCACGCGAGGUCUGCUUCCGUGGCUCCACCUACUGUUCAUAGCUAUAGAUCUGCCACGCCGUCGGUUCGCUCUAAGACACCGGCGGUAGGUAUGCAUCGGUCUGAGUCUGCGCGUCCUGAGAAGUCGCGCACGCUGUCGAUUUCAAGUCCGGCAGUCCCAAAAAUUCUUCGUUCGUCUUCGAACGAGUCAAGCUCUGAUGAGAUUCAGAGCCAAAAGGACAAAGUGGCACAGUACCCCAUACGUCCGAAGCAUGCGCAGUUGUGGAUACCUGGGCCUAAUGCCAGCCCUCCGACGGGUGCACUUUCCACUGCCAUGCGCGCGCGUACCACGUCUACCAUGACGCCACCUCGAUCCACUAGGACUCCAGCUCCCCGCUAGAUGUCUCUUAUUGAGGAUUCUCUGUUUACAUUUAUCUAUUUGCUAUCGAACUUUCUCCUUCCGGAUUUCCUGCUAUAAUCUACGAUUAAUACGGAGACUAAUCCUCGUUGUACCCUUGUUCGUGACUGUGUAUAGUUCCCCUUUUCAUAGGUAGUUGGGCUUCGGUUUCUUUCGGGGUCUGUAGAUGCGUACUUCACACGCUAUCUUUCUAUUUCCUUUAUUUCUUUUUUCUUAUUUCCUUUCCGUUUCCCUCUUCCUCUUUUUCCCUUCUCGGUCUCAAUCCCCAGGCACCGUUCCCAAUUCUUGCGAACGUUCUGCCUAACGUCCCUCACGGGUUCCGUGCGUUCUCACCUUCAUCUUCUGCGACACCUUCUGAUUUUCCAGUCUUGUCUUCUCCAGUUACUGCUACCUCGAUACCACCCCCAUACCCCUCCCGACAGCGACCUCGCUGCCUUGUAGCAAUGUUGUUUAUUGGCUCUCGGCUUUCUCCGUCUCGUCUCGUUGUCCUCUCGUCGUUUGUUUUUCCAUACCUGCAGGGGUUUUGGAUAUUCCCAUAUUCCUGUUACGAUGCUUCACGGAUUUCACGUUUUUCUCUCCUAGAACUCGACGUUCUUUGGGCUUUACGAUACAUACACAGUACGCGUACAGCUAUCGUACUUACGAUAUCACGGCUUCUUUAUGUCACGAAUGCCAUACAUAGUUUAUACCUACGUUGGUGCCUAUUCUUGUGUGCGAGUUCCACUUACAGUUCAAGCUGAAAUAUCAGGCUCUGUCAAUGAGG